CCCGUGACAUCCCUACGCGCCCGUCCCGAUUCAGUUGAAAUCAGUUCGCGGAAAUACACAGAUGUUGCGUCGGGUGCGUACACGCCAGCUUCCGCAUAGUGUAUCGCAUCUUCCGCUCGGUCGUAAUUGUGUUUGAAGGAGCGCGUACUGUGGCUGCGUAACGUUCUAGUUGUGUAUCCCUUCGGGAGAAACAUCCGAGGGGGUGAGUGAGUGAGUGAGUGAGUGAGUCAGUGUGUGUGUGUGCAAAUAAAUCGCCAAACGCGUUCGAAAAGUCCGACCUCGUCGCCCUCCACCCACACACACCCACACACGCUUCCUGAAGACUUUUGAGAAAACACCCCCUCCCCCCCCCACCCCCUCCCUCCACGGCGUGGCCGGCCGGGGAGUGGUGGAGCGCGCUGGGGAAGUGUGUGUGCUGGUGUGUGUGUGUGUGUGUUAAAGUGUGAUCUCUUGGGCGGCCGGAAGAAAGUAUCGCUGCUUCCUCUGCUUCCCCCUGCGCCCCCUCAAACCUGGCGAACAGCUCCAACAACAGUGCCGGUGGCGGACCGGAACGGCCGUCACCAUCAGCCGCCGACGACGGCAGCAGCCACUCGGUCGCGCUUCCCACCAGCACCACCAGCAGCAACAGUGGUGGCAGUAGCGGCAGCAACAACAACAACAACAACAGUAGCAACAGCAACAACGGACGCAUCACAUCGACCACGCACGAACCGGCGGCCGGCAGCAGUAGCAGUGGCGGCGGCGGCCGGGAUGUGGGCGUAGUGGUGCCAUCCACCGCAGCGAGCAGCGGGAUGGCCGGUCCGAUGGGUUCCUCUGCCGGUUCCUCCUACCCAUCCUCCUCAGGCAAUAGCAAUCAGCAGCAGCAGCACGUGAACAACCACCAUCUGCCGCACCAUCACCAUCAUCAGCAAAACCAUGGCAAUAGCAAUAACGAGCCGGACGGUGGCAUCGGCGAGUGGAACCCGCUCGAGCACGCCAGCACCAGCGGCGGGGGCGGUCCGUCCGGUGGCAACAACCAUCAACACAACUCGCCGGCCGCCGGGCGGGACGGAGGCGGCGGCAAUGGAGCAGCCGGCGGUGGUGGCGGCGGCGGCGGCGGCAACAAUGCGAACCAGAACGCGAACCAGAACGCGGAGGAGAUCGACCGGUUUAGCUUCGAGGAUUCGGACCGGUUCGAGGAGGACUCGCUGUGCAGCUGGAGCUCCGAGCCGGAGAGCGUGUGCAACAACUGGCGCGGGUGGAAGAAGCCGGCCGGCACGAUCAACUCGUUCGGCGGCGGGUCGGGUCGCCGUGCCAGCGAGGGUGAACCGACGUCCCUGACCGAGCUGGCCGCCCGGUGCGUCGCGUUCUUCAUCCCGUUCGAGCUGGUCGAGCACAUGUACCCGCCGGUGCCGGAACCGAUCAUGCUGCGCAUCGCCUUCUGGAGCUUCCCGGACAACGAGGAGGACAUCCGGCUGUACUCGUGCCUAGCGAACAGCUCCGCGGACGAGUUCCACCGGGGCGAGCAGCUGUUCAAGAACCGGACGGUGAAGGAUCCGCUCCAGAUCGGGUUCCACCUGUCCGCGACGGUCGUGCAGACGCAGCCCCGCAACCAGUACAACGUGGCGGUCACGUUCGACCGGCGGAAAAUCUCGUCCUGCAGCUGCACCUGCCUGCCGACCACCUACUGGUGCUCGCACGUGGUCGCCGUCUGUCUCUAUCGGAUCCAUUGCCCAACCAAAGUGAGCCUCCGUGCGCCCGUGUCCGAGUCGCUGUCCCGGCUGCAACGCGACCAGCUGCAAAAGUUCGCCCAGUAUCUGAUCAGCGAGCAGUCGCAGCAGAUACUGCCGAUCGCGCAGCGCCUGCUGGACGAGCUGCUCAGCACGCAGCCGACCACGAUCAACACGGUGUGCGGGGCGCCGGACCCGACCGCGGGCGCCUCCGUCCACGACCAGACCAACUGGUACCUGGACGAGAAGACGCUGCACGACAACAUCAAGAAGAUCCUGUUCAAGUUCUGCCAGCCGACGCCGAUGGUGUUCAGCGACGUGAACUAUCUGACCAACUCGGCGCCGCCCGCCGCCGCCGAGUGGAGCUCGCUGCUGCGGCCGCUGCGGGGCCGCGAGCCGGAGGGCAUGUGGAAUCUGCUCUCGAUCGUGCGCGAGAUGUACCGGCGGUGCGACCGGAACGCCGUCCGGCUGCUCGAGAUCAUCACCGAGGAGGUGAUGGCCUGCGACCAGAUACUGGUGUGGUGGUUCAACAUCAAGCUCGCCCUGCUGGUCGGCUCCAACGGGCACGGGGGCGGUGGCGGGGGCGGCGGUGGCGGCGGCGGCAAGCACGGCAACACGCACAGCAAUCUGAACGCGACGCAGCACGCGUGCGCGUCGCUGUGCGACGAGAUCGUGGUGCUGUGGCGGCUGGCCGCCCUCAAUCCCGGCCUCGCGCCGGACGAGCGGGACAUGCUGCACGCCCAGUUCACCACCUGGCACCUGAAGAUACUGGACCGGGUGGCGAAGAACAUGGUCGCGUCGUCGUCGCACAGCAGCAAGCAGCAGCAGAACCUGCGCAACGAUGCGGAGCUGUUCGCCGGGUUCAAGCCGGCGGUCGAGGCGUGCUACCUCGACUGGGAGGACUACCCGAUCGAGGGCGUCACGCACACGCAGGACACGAACCCGAUGUACCACUGCCCGUUCACCUGCUUCAAGCAGAACGGGGACGCACGCGAAGACGGAACCGGUGGCGGAGGAGGAAGUGGUGGUGGGGGCGGCGGCGGUAGUGGCAGCGGUGGGCAGCGCGGUGUGGCCGGACCGACCACGGCCGGGGCGCUCGUGCUGCAGGGCAACGUGAAGCCGUUCCAGAUGAUGCCGCACCAUCAUCACCACCAUCACCACAAUCACCACCAUCACAGUUACCACGGUGAGCAUCCGCCGGCCGGCUAUCGGAACGUUUCCUCCGUGCUGACCGGGUCUCGCACGAUGGAGCAGCAGCAGCAGCAGCCCCACCACCACCACCACCAUCAUCACCCGCAGCAGCAGCAGCAGUUUGGCGGCGCGGCUAGCAUAGCGACAGCGACGAGCUCGGUCGGUACGACGGCAGCAACGACGGCGAGCGCUUCCGUGGCGGCUACCUCGGCGGCGCAAUGCGCCACCCCAGCGGCGGCACCAGAUUACGAUGCCUCGGUAGACGACAGCGCCACCAGCAGCGGUGGCGGUGGAGCUAGCAAGCGUGCGGGUGCGGCAGACAGCAAAAACCACCACCAUCGGAGCCGGGCGCAUCGCGACCGGCUAACGUACUGCUCGUCCAGCAACAACAGCAGCAGCGACAGCGUGCCCGAUCGGCUGAGCACGGGCCCGGCGGAAGCGGGUGGCAAAGUGUCCGCGGCGGACCCGGCUGCCCGUAGCGCAGCGGGCAGCGAACCCGCCGGUGGCGGCAACCGGUCGAGCGUCAGCAGCGAAGGGUUCUGCGAAAACGAGGACGAUCUGGCGGGCGUGGCGGACGAGAAGCACUACCUGCUGGCGACCGGCGGCGCUAACGGCACGCUGCAGAAGAGCAACGCCGGGGCGGGCGGUGGGGAGAGCGUCGCGAAUUCGGCGCCCGUCGUUGCGGCUGGAGCCAGCGCGGGGACGACGGGCGAGCCGAACCCGCUGCUGAGCGUCAGCAACUCAUCCUCCAGCUCGUCCUCCUCCUCCACCUCGCUGUCGUCCAGCUCGGCCGCGACCGAUCUGGUGGAGAAGAAGAAGAAGAAGGAAGGCACUGGCGGCGUCGGCGCCGAGAUCGGUGCGUCGAGCGAGUCCAGCAACGAGAACAGCAUCCUGAACGACAUGAACAACUACGAAAUCUCGGGCAACAUCAAGCUGUACGAGGUGCUGAAUAUGGUGGAGGAGCAGCAAACACACGAACCGGACGGGUCGGUAAAGGCGCCGGCUGACGUCACCACCGCUACCACAGCCGCCAACAGCAGCAGCAAACACAACAGUGCCAAACGACACGGUUCGAGCGAGGGAACGGUGCUGGAAGCGUCGACCAGUGCCGCCGAACCAGGACCAUCGGGUGAACCGCUCCCGUCGAUAUCGUCCGCGGCGGCAAGCGGCACAACCACCACCACCACCAUCACCACCACCAGUACCACCCAACCGCAGCAGAAGGGCUCCAAAUCGGGCGAAUCGAAACAGCAGCAGCAGAUGUUCUCCAACAUCAAGCCGUCCGAGGACGCGUGGGACAUACUGUUCGCGCGGGCGGAGGGCCUGCACGCGCACGGGCACGGGCGGGAGGCGUGCACGCUCGGCGUGCGGCUCGCCUCCGAGAUGCUGGCGAACCCGCCCAACCUGAUGAUGGAUCUGCCGCCGCCGCCGAAGAAGAAGGGCAAGAAGCACAACAUCAACCCGAUCUCGCACCAGCUGAGCGUGCUGGCCUCCUCCACGCUGUCCAAGUGCGCCUUCCUCUGCACGGUGCUGGCGGAAAACUCGGAACACUACCAUCUGGCGUUCCGCGUGUGCCUGUUCGGGCUGGAGAUGUCGCGGCCGCCGGCCAGCACCAAACCGCUCGAGGUGAAGCUCGCCAACCAGGAGUCGGACCUGCUCGCCCUGCUGAAGCGCAUCCCGCUCGGCACGGACGAGCUGAAGGCGAUACGGGACCGGGCGGAGCAGCUGCGCGACGGUACGCUCAAGUCGCGCGGCGAGGCGCUGCUGCCGAUCAUGCUCGCGAGCUUCAUCUUCGACGCGCUCGUGAUGCCGUCGGUGGUCGGGCGCGAAAACCGCAUGAAGGUGAUGAGCAGCGCGUACCGGUACCCGACCGACGAGAACCUGGGCUUCGAGGCGGCGGUGGCCGCCCUCGGCCUGAAGGCGAACGUGUCCGAGGCGGAGCAUCCGCUGCUGUGCGAGGGGACGCGCCGGCAGCGGGGCGAUCUGGCGCUCACGCUGCUCUCCUACUACAAGGACGAGCCGCGCAAGAUCUGCCGCAUCAUGGAGAAGCUGCUCGACCGGGAGAUACACGUGCUGAUCAAGACGCCGCUGCUGCCGUCGUACUACUCGAACAAUCCGCCCACGCGCAGCCAAACGUCGCAGAUGCGGAUGGACGAGUACGACGGUGGCAACAAUGGGCAGCAGCAGCAGCAGCACCACCAUCUACAGCCGUACGGUAGCAAUGGAGGUCGAAGCAGCAGCAGCACGGGCAGUGCGGAACUUCAACAGCAGCAGCAGCUGCCAGUCGCGGCCGCCGCCUCCCAUCUCGGACAGGGAGGAGCAGAGUUUGGACUGGCGGCAGCGGCCAGCAGCAGUCGACCGCAGAGCAGCACCAGCGCCGAGGUCGAGCUGGGCAUGGCCGCACUCAGUCUCGGUGUGGCGACGGCCACCACUGCCACCAGCACCGCCACCACCAGCGGGACAACGACAGCGACCGGUGCGAGCAGCGGCAGCACGACAACAACGGCCGGUCCGACGGCCGGCUCAACCGCCACGACCGUAACGACUGGUGGGGCCACCACCGCCUCCGUCACGUCCACCCGCUCGAAGGACUCGCGGUACAAGGGCAAGCGGGCGUACCCGUCCAUCCCGAACCAGCCGUCCGAGGCGAGCGCCCACUUCAUGUUCGAGCUGGCGAAGAACGUGCUGACGAAGGCGGGCGGCACCUCGGCCACCUCGCUCUUCACGCAGGCGUCCACCACGCAGAACCACCAGGGGCCGCACCGCGGCCUGCACAUGUGCGCGUUCCAGCUCGGCCUGUACGCGCUCGGGCUGCACAACUGCGUCAGCCCGAACUGGCUGUCGCGCACCUACUCGUCGCACGUGUCGUGGAUCAUCGGCCAGGCGAUGGACAUCGGGGCGCCGGCCAUCUCCUUCCUGAUCGACACGUGGGAGGGCCACCUGACGCCGCCGGAAGCGGCCGGCAUGGCGGACCGCGCCUCCUCCCGCGGCUGGGACAGCAACAUGGUGAAUCCGGCGGCCGAGCUAGCACUGUCGGUGCUGCCGCACGCGGCCGCCCUCAACCCGAACGAGAUCCAGCGGGCGAUCCUGCAGUGCAAGGAGCAGAGCGACCGGAUGCUCGAGCGCGCCUGCAUCAUGGUGGAGACGGCGGCCAAGGGUGGCGGCGUCUAUCCCGAGGUGCUGUUCCAGGUGUCGCGCUACUGGUACGAGCUGUACCUGCGCAACACGCCCGGCGGCGAGAUGGAGCCGGACGAGCAGCACGACGUCGUGGUCAACCUGAUGCAGCUGAUGGAGCCGGGCGUCGACGGGGGCACCGGUGGCUCCGUGCUAGGGGCACCGAUGGGCGGCGGCGUACCGUCCCAGCCGGGCAGUGGCCCGGCGGGCGGAGUGCCACCCCCGGUGGGCGGUGGCGGUGGAGCAGCGGCCCCACAGCAACCGUACCCGCCGCCCCACCAGCAUCAACCGGUGGCCGGCCUGGCACCGAUCGGCAUGUACGGCGGGUACGGGUACGGUACGAUCUACCACCAUCAGAACCUGCCGUACGGUGGCCACCCCGCGAACCCGGUGCACCCGAUGUACAUGUCGACGCCGCCCCAGUUCCAGUACCCUCCGCCACCGCCGCCCGGCGGGCUGGCCGGCCAGGGAGGGCAACCGCAGCCGCCGAACGUAGGCUACGGCCAGCAGCAACCGCCGCCGCAGCAGCAGCAGCAGCCGCCCCAGCAGCAGCAGCAGCAGCCGCCGCCCCAGCAACCGCUCGGCUCGAUGAAUCCGGCCGCCGUCGCCGCCUACCAGUCGAUGCAGCAGCACGGCGUACCGCCGCAAGGGUACGGCGGGCCGCCACAGUACCAGGGCGUCCCCGUGCAGCCGCCCGGACCGCCCACCAACCCGGCCCAGAUGCAGCCGCCCAACCUGCAGCCGUUCUACGGUGGGCCGGGAGCCGCCAUGCAGCAGCAUCCGGGCGGCCAGCCCGUUCCACCGGGACCUCCGCAGCUCGUACCACCGCUACCGCUGGGCGUUGCCGCGGCAGUAGCCGCCGCCGCCGCCCAGCAGCAGCAACAGCAACAGGGCCCUGCACCACCGCCCGGCCAGCAAGUCCCCGCCGGUAUGCCACGGCCCGGGCAGCAACAGCCACCGCCACCACCGCAACAGCAGCAGCCCCAUGUCGGUGGACCACCGUACGGGGCGGCAGCGGCGUACGGGCCAACGGCGGUCACGGGCGGCGCCGGACAGCCCCCGCCAGCCGGUACCGGGGGCAGCUCCAGCGGCGGGCCGGUUCGCGCACGCCACCCGCACCAUUCCAACACGGCCCAGCUGCGCUACCUGCUCGCGACGUACAAUGCGGGCAUGCUGGCGCUCGAGACGCUCGCCCGCCGGGUGCACGACGACCGGCCGCAGGCCAAGUACGCCCGCAACCCACCGUACGGCGAGGACGUCAAAUGGUUGCUGCGCAUCUCGAAGAAGCUCGGCACGCAGUACCUGCACCAGUUCUGCGUCUGCGUCGUCAACUCGAUCGUCAGCCCGUUCGUGCUGCACGAGGUCGCCAUCGAGUCCGCCCACUAUCUGUCGCGCAACAACCCGGCGCUGGUGAUGCACCAUCUCCGCUCCGCCCUGACGCCGCUGAUGAACAAAUGUCAGAGCAUGUACUUCCAAUGCAUCCAUCAAAAGUUGUACCAUCUCACGAUAGCGGACUACGAGGACUUUACCAGCACGAUACUUUCCGCCCGGAACGCGUUCCAAAUUACGCCCGAGGGCAACGCUCAGUUCAAGGACUGGCUGCAAUCAAUUAAACGCUCGAAAUCGUGCAAGAAGGAACUGUGGACGCAGAUCAAUGCCGCACUCAACUCUAAAUGACAUCGACUCGAUUCGAUUGGAUCGGAGCUGAACAUGAUGCUGGCAGCGGCGGCAGCGGCGGCCGCAUCGGCAGCGCCAUCCAACAGCAACAGCAACAGUAUCAGCAACAGUAACGAGCCCCCCAACAGCUACGCCGGCGGCCACGGCACCGGCAAAAUCGGCACCACUGCUACUGCUGCUGCUGUAGCAAUCGGUGGCAGCGUGACGGCUGCUCCGAACGGUAGCAGCAGCUGCAACGGUUACGCUGCCGACGUGUCCCCGCUGAACAGUGCCGUCUCGAUUGCCACCUCCUCGUCGCCGCCGGCAUCGACCUCGUCGUCCUGCUCGCUGGUCGGCGGCACUGCCAAUCCACACCUCGUAUCGCCGUCACCUGCCGCCGUGCUGCUGGACGAGAAGCAGCAGCUGGUACUGCCGUCGUCCGUCUCGGAACCGAUGUUGGUGCCACCGUCGAUCAAGGCAGGCGCAAGCGUUGGUACGGGCCCGUCGCAUCGCUCGGUAGCGGUUGCACCUAGCGCAACGGAACCCACUGGCACCAGCACGCUGUUGGGGUCGAAAGCGCCCGUGACAACUUCCGCCACCGUUGCGAUGCCGACGCAAUCCGCAAAGCAGCAGCAACUGCGCCACACAAAGCAGCACGUGCCGCCGUCGUUAGCGUCCGCUGCUGCGACCACUUCGCGACCGUUGUCCGACGCGUUCACGAGCUCCUCCCGCAAACCGGGCGCCACGGGCACUGCACCUACGAGCACGCAUCGUAUCGCCCUGCCGGUUGGACACAAAAUUGAUGGUGCCAGCACAAACGACACGCACGUCGGCAACGUGAUGGUGGCAAAUGUUGCCGGUGGCAGUUGCAAAACGAACCCGGCUGGCGGUGAUGCAACGCCGUACAGCUCUGCAGCGCAUCAGCGACAAACGAAGCCACCACAUCAGCAGCAGGCUUCCGAUGCGCACAAACCGUGCGCAGUGGAGCGAUCGAAACAGGCACAGCCGGCAGCACAGCAAAAGCAACCACCGCAGCAAUGCAGCAAACAAAAACAGCAUCAGCCCAAGCAGCAGCAGCAGCAGCAACAACAAAAGCCGCAGCCAAAGCAAACACAACCGAAGCAGCAGCAUUUGUACCAUCACAGCGUGGUGGGACACAGCCAGCAACAGCAAUCGGCCGUUGCUGCAGCAGCAGUCACAGUCGCAAUGCUCGCACAGCAGCAGCAGCAACAGCAGCAGCAACACUAUCAGCAAACGUCCAGUGCGGUUACGGUCGCUUCUCAGGCGCUCAGUCAACUGUCGACGGCGGCCACCCUGCCCGCUGCUGGGCUGGCACCAGCUGCUCCUGCCCAUCACGCACACCAUCACGCUCAUCUGUAUUCGCAUGCACAGCAGCAGCAGCAGCAUUCGGUCGUUUCCUUACCGACCAGUGCGGCGGCAGGAGCUCCAUACCAGCUGCAACAGCACCGACAGCAGCAGCAGCAGCAGCAGCAACAGCAGCAGCAGUAUUUGCAUUCGCGCCAACAGCAACCACUCCCCCCGAUGCUGUCUGCGAUGCAUCAUCACCCGACAGCAACAGCAGCGCCUCAGACGCAACCGGGAGUGGUUGCACAGCAGCAACCACCACCGGUACAGCCACCACCGCAGCAGCAGCAGCAGCAGCAGCAGCAUCUGCCGCAUCACCACCAUCUGCACCAUCAGCAUCAUCUGCACAAGCCGCCGACGGGGCCGCCGCCCCAUCCGCUCGCGCCCCACAAUCCGCAGCAGCAUCAGCAAAUGUUCCAGUUCCAUCAGCUGCAGCAGCAUCACCACCAGCAUCAGCAUUCGCACUCGCAUCAGCAUCAGCACCAGCAUCAGCAUCAGCACCAUCAUCAUCAUCUGCUGCAGCAACAGCAGCAGCAGCAGCAACAACAACAGCAACAACAGCAGCAGCAAUAUCAUCACCAUCACCAUCAAACCCACCACAAUGCGGCCGCCCCAUCGGUUCAGUCCGUAACACAGCAGCAGCAGCACCAGCAGCAACCGCAACAGCCGCCGCCACCACUGACAGCCGCCACGGUGGCGGUUAAUGCGCCCGGUGCCGUCGCCGCCGCCGCUGCGGCAGCCCAUCCGCCGCAGCAGAGCAUCAACCUGAACGUGAACCAUCACGUCAUCUCGACGCCGAUCGUGGUCGACUUCUCCAACAUGACGGUGAACUGUGUGCAGCUGCAGGAGGCGGCGGCCCAGCACCCGAACCCGAUCGCGGCCGCCGCCGCCGCCAUGGCGGCCGGGUAUGGGGCGGCCGCCGCUGCAGCCGCCUCCGUCCCGGCGGCGAUCGGCGCACGGCCACCGGCCGGCAAAUGAUUCGGCAAAGUCGCCGCCGUCGUCCCGCACAACAACCACCCCCCGUUACUGUAAAGCUUAGGUUUUGUGUUGACGUGCUUUUCCUUUUCUUUCUAUGCGGCACAACAUACACACACACACGCGUGCGCGCGCGCACGUGGGCUAGGAUUUAUUUUGGCAUCGUGCCCUGUACGGCGAUGGCGACGUGGUGUGAGAUGAAUGUCAGCAUUCAGGAGGUAGUAGCGAAGGAGGAACACGCACUGCUGCGAAAACUCAGCUUCGAAUCAAUCGAAUUGGAGAAGAAGAAGAGGAAGAAAAACGAUAUAGAAGAAUCAAAUGUGCCACAGAAGUUCUAUAUUUUUUUUUAGUUUUUUUUUGUAUUUUGGCGUACUUUGUUAUUUUUUUUACGAACAACAAAGCAUACAUUACAUUUGCCUUUGUCACUUGGUAAUUGCAUCGUCCGUGUUUACCGUCUGUGUAUAAAAAUGUACUAUAGCUUUUCUUUUUAUACGUAUCUAUCUAUUCUUUUGUUUCGUCGUGUUCGUGUGUUCCCUUUACACAUACACACUCCUCUCUCGUUAGUAAGCAAACACUGUCGAUGCAGGAAGCUGCAGGAAGAAGAUACUUUCUCUACGAAUUAAGUGCCCAAUCGAACACCCGUUUCAUGCAGCCUCUCCUCCUCCCCGUGAGAGUUCGGACUGAUUAUUCAGCUACAGCGUUUUUUUUCUGUGUUCUUUCUUGUGUUGCGUUAGCGAGCGUGUAAGUGUAAGAAGAAGAACACACAAUUACGGCAAUAUCGAUAAUGCAUACAUGUCGGUGCAUGUGUGUUUGUGUCUGUAUCGAAUCCCUUUAGAUAAGUGCAAAGAUUGUAUGCGCAAUACUAUCUCGAUCUAGCUCUCUCUCUCUCUCUCUUUUUUGCGCAACGAAUUGUCCAUCACGAGCUGGACUGUAGUUGAAUUUGAUUCGUUUCAUUUCAAACCUUACCUCCUUCAGCCCAAUAAUCCCGCGCGAUCGGUAGCGAAAGAAAAUAAACGCAACAAAACACGCAUGUAUGUGUGUGGGUAGAAAUGAGGUAAAUGAAUAUUAUUCCUUAGAAGAGAACCUUCUUCUUCUAUUUAGCGUAAACGGUCCUGUGCGGACAUGCCCGGCCUAUACCAACACAGCCGGAGAUUAAGUCAAUCUUUGCUACGGGGAGGAGACGGUCCCCAUUCUAGGGUUUGAACCCAUGACGGGCAUGUUAUUGAGCUGUACGAGUUGACGACUGUACCACGGGACCGCCAACUGAGAAUCUAGAAGAGAACCCAUUAAAGCGAAAAGACACAAAAGAUAAGCACAGAGAAACGAAAAGACCUAUUAAUCCUUACACACACAAUGCGAAACGAAAACGGGAGCGAGAAAGAGUGAGAGAGUGUGUGUGUGUGUGUGUGUGGGUGUGUGUGUGAGAGAGAGAGAGAGAGAGAGAGAGAGAGAGAGAGAGAGAGAGAGAGAACAAGGCAAUGGUGAAGAAACUGCAUAUACUAAGAGGAAAUAGUAAGCAACGUUCUAUAAAUAUAUACAUAAAUUAUAUAUAUAAAAAAAGAGGAAAGAGAAAACACAUUUUUAAUAGUGAAGAAUAAGAAUAACAACCCCUUAUUAGUCGCAAUAACAUGUAAGAGAGCGUCUACCGUCGAGGGAGUGCGUGUAGUGCAGUUAAUGAAAAUUCAUAUUGCAAGCGUUUGCAAACACACACACACACACACACACACACACACACACACACACACACACACACACACAUAUACUACAAGAAGAUGAAAUAUUAAGUACAGCCGUUGUGGGGCAAUUAAAACAGACAGAAGAGGAAAUUGCAAAUAAUUUACACGUUGCAGUUAACUAAAUCUUAAACAUCAUAAAAACAGAUAACCUUUGUGUACGGUUAUGAGAAGAAAGCAAGAGAGAGAGAGAGAGAGAGAGAGAGAGAGAGAGAAUUAUUCAAAAAGUGUAAAACUGCGCGGUUAUGCGCUUGAUUCCAGCCUUCCUUCUCGUCGGCCGUUCACCCUACUCCUUGGAGAACGAAUUUUAAAAGUAUUUGAAAGCGCGAACACUUUAAUAUUACAGCGUCUGUGUGUGUGUGUGUGUGUGUGUGUGUGUGUGUGUGUGUAUGUGUGUGUGUGCGUGUGUGUGCACUAAUGAAGUGAAAAGUAAAAGUUGUGGUAAGAGGAGUAUGUCAAGAGGAGGAAGGGAGUAAAGGAGAGGAGUAGGAGUACUCGAACAUUGUAUAGAUCUCAUUUUGAUUAAAGUCAUUAGCACACACACACACACGCAUACACACAUAAAGACAUAAGCUAUUAGAGGGCUGGUCGGGGGAAGGGGAUGUAGGUAGACGGGAAAAGAAAACAUACACACAGUCAUACGCACACAUGUUGGAAACAGAAAACAGACAUCUGUCCGGUAAACGGUAAUAUGCAGUACAGCAAAAGGGUGGGCGGCGCCUUUCAACCGUUGAAAAGUCACAAAAACAAACACACACACACACACAUACACACAUCCUCAUACAUAAAUACAUGACCGUACGCGGGACAUCGUUACAGAUUAGAAUACUAUUUUCUAGUAAGAAUGGGAACGGGAGUCCUUUUCGUGUAAGAGAGAGAGAGAGAGCGAGUGAUGGGGGGGUAUUAACAGUAGAAAAGGCCAGCGCGCCGAUUGUACUACAUAAAAAAAAGGAAUCGAAAUUAUUAUAGAAACAAGUAAAAGAGCGGGGGCGAGGGAGGGAAAAGGGGAAUUAAGAUAUACAAUUUAAAAAUAACGCACUUUAACAUACAUAGAUAUAUAUACAACAUCAAAGCGCCACGUUCCCACGUUGUGUCCAACUCGUUGAACCCGCUGGAAACUCGAGGGGGAGGGGGGGGGGGAGGGGGAGAGAAGCUGGAGUCGCAUCACAUCAUCAUACCCCUCACCCACACGUCCCCGCCGAAUUGUCAUACUUCAGUUGGGUUCGGUUGGGGAUGGUGUAGCAGGCGGGGGUUGAUGAUGUUGAGCCAAGAGGAGCAGGAGAGGAAGGGAAAAGAACGAGAAGGAAUGUGAAAAGUAAAGCCGAGUAAUAGAAUUAGCGUUUAAGAAAUUGGUAGAACAAGUAAGAAAGAGGGAGGAAAGAAGGAAAAAAAGUAGUUAGAGCGUGAGAGGCAGAGAGAAAAGGAGACAUAGAAAGAAGAGAGGGAGAGAGAGAAGUAGAAAGUGCGAAAUGAAAACAUUAAGAAUUAAAAAGUGUCUUUUAAAACCAUGGAAAACCCGUGAAAGAGAAAAGAAAAGCAACAAAAAUACAGAAGAAGAACUACAGAAAACAAAACAAAAACUAAACAACAACACACACAGCAUGCAAAACAGCACAGAUGCCGGCAGAUCGUCUGCCAACCGUCUGCCGGCUAAAGGUGAUAAUGAAUGAGUUCGCAAACCGCAAUUAGAAUGAAAGAAAAGCAAAAAAAAAAAAAACAAAGCAAUCCUUACGCUGUGUCUCGGUCCGUUUUCCUCCCCCGCAUUUUGAACCCUGUGUGUGUGUGCGGGCAUAUUCUAUGUACAUUACGUUGCUCCACUCCACGUUGCAGCACUCCUUUCACUUAAUAAUUGUUCACAAAAGCAAUAGAAAAUGCUGAAGCAGAUUAAAGCUCGUUGUCUCUCUAUUGCCACGCAUUUCCGCAGGUGACGGCGCGCGUAAAAAGAAGCUCAGGAGACACACACACACACACACAGAGAGAGACGUAUUUUGAAAAUGCGCACAAGACCCUCUUUAGACAUAGUUUGUAAGAGAAGUAUAUAGUAUCGAUAUAAUUACACACUCCUUUCCCCUGUAGUAAUCAUUCCCCCCCAAUCCCUCCUACCCCCCCCCCCCCCCCUCUCUACCCACACCUCACUCUCAUAGCAAUACAUGAACUAUGUAGCCUAAGCUAAGGGAGCGAAUAAAUUGGUGAGAAAAUGAAGGUUCGUUCCAAAGUUUUUUUGUGCGCGCUCGUAAACAUCGUGUUGAACCGUUUCGCGGUUCCGGUUCCAAAUCGCAAUCGUGUUCUACCCUAUUCAUUUUACUACCUCUCUCCCUAUCUCGCUCUCUCGCUCUUAUCUCCUCCUCCCCUCUGUUUUAUCUAUUAAUCCCUCACGCUUCUGUGCGGGGGUGCGAAUAUGCAGCGCGGAAGCAUCUAUUAUGGAUAUGAUAUGGCAUAUACAUAUAUAAAAUGUGUUGGUAUCAUCAUUCACCACUCCUCUCCCCCCAAGUUGAAAGUGGAUUUGAAAUGUGUCUUAUGUGAAGCAAAAAAAAAAAAACAAACAAGGCGUCAAAUGAAAGGCAAAUAAAGAAUAAACGAAAUAGGAAAAUAAUGAUAAAAAUAAAACUGAUAUACUAUUACA